AUGUCUUCUUUCAGAGCCGUUAUCGCCCUUGGUCUCAUGACCACUGCUCAGCUUGUUGCCGGCCACGGUGCUGUCAUCAAGGCUGUCGGUGACGCCGGUGGCUCCGGAAUGGCCCUCGGUGUUGACAGCAGCACUCCUCGCGAUGGAACGCGACGCGACCCCUUCCAGCAGGACUCAACCCGAUUCAAGGGUGACCAGGCUGACACAUUCGGCGAGACCGUCGGUGCUGGCAACAACAACCUCGAGACCGGCACCAAAGCUAUCAUGGCUGAGACCGGUGAUCAGCUUCCCCAGGUCAGCCAGGGUGGCGAGCUCACCAUGACUCUUCACCAGGUCAACGCUGAUGGUGGUGGUCCUUACACCUGUGCCAUGAACGCCGACGGAACUGGCGCAACCUGGACCGACAUCCAGGUUACCCAGUCCCCUCCUGGUGCCAACUCCCGCAACCGAGACGGUGCCAUGUCUGACUUCCCAAUGAAGGCGGCCAUACCUGCUGAUGCCUCCUGCACCGGAACUGUCGCUGGACAGGAUAACGUCUGCCUGGUACGAUGCAUGAAUGCCGCCCGUGCCGGUCCCUUCGGUGGUGUGGUCCCCGUUCAGAUGGCCAACACCACCACUCCCGCUGCGGCUCGUCGGGCUCUUGCUCUUGCUGUCAAGCGGUCUGAUGAUGAGGCCCGCGCCAUGGUCAAGCGUGCCAUAUCCCUCAAGGGCCUCUCACCUGAGGAGAUUCAGGAGCUCCGCGAGGAUGGCGAGAUUGCUUAA